AUGAGCACGACAACGAGCCAUUACGAAGCCGUGAUCAUCGGCUCCGGCCAGGGCGGGGGUCCCCUUGCCCAGGCGCUCGCCAACGCCGGCCGGCGCACGGCGCUGAUCGAAUCCAAGCAUGUAGGCGGCACGUGCGUCAACGAAGGCUGCACGCCGACCAAGACCAUGGUGGCCAGCGCGCGGAUCGCCCACCUGGCGUGCCGCGCGCAGGGGUACGGCGUGCAGUUCAAGCGCUCGAGCCUGACGCUGAACAUGGAGACGGUGAGGAAGCGGAAACGCGACAUCGUCGACAGUUUCCGCGCGGGGAGCGAGACGCGCAUCAAGGCCACGGAGAAUCUCGAUCUGAUCAUGGGCAAGGCCACGUUUCGGGGUCCCAAGACCGUCGAGGUGCUGUUGAAUGAUCCGCUGCCACGUCACGAGAGCAACGGUGGCAGUGGCAGCGGCAGUGGCAGCGGCGUGGACACGACCCUCACGAUAACAGGGGACAUGGUGUUCGUGAACGCAGGGUGUUCGCCGUCGAAGCUCGACGUCAAGAACGCGUGCCGCACGGAAGGGCUGCUGGACUCGACCUCGAUCAUGGAACUGGGCGACGUGCCGCGCCACAUUGUCAUCAUCGGCGGCGGCGUCAUCGGGUGCGAGUUCGCGCAGAUGAUGAGACGGUUCGGCGCAAAGGUCAGUCUCGUGCAGCGGGCGGCGCAGCUACUGCCGCGGGAGGACGCCGACGUGGCGGCCGAGGUGCGCCGCAUUUUCGUCGACGCCGGCAUCGACGUGUACCUGGGCGCCACGACGAACGAGGUCUCCAACGUCACGCUAGGCCAGAUCGUCGUCUCCGUGACGCAGAGCGAGGGCAAUCCGAAAUCCAUACUCUGCAGCCAUGUGCUCGCCGCGGCGGGGCGGACACCCAACACCGCAGAUUUGGGCCUCGAGAGCGCAGGCGUCGAGCUCGACAGGCACGGCUUUAUCAAGGUGGAUGAGCACCUCGCCACGUCCGCGCCGGGCGUCUACGCGCUCGGCGACAUCAAGGGCGGUAUGCAGCAGACGCACGUCAGCUACGACGACAUGCGCCUGUUGCGGCGUAAUCUGAUCACGCACGCGCGGAGUGGCGAGCGCGCGUCCGUCCAGGGCCGUUUGGUCCCGUACACGACCUUUAUCGACCCGCAGCUCGGGCGUGUCGGGAUGACAGAGAAGGAGGCUCGUGCGCUGACUCCGCCUCGGAACGUCAAGGUCGCAAAGAUGCCCAUGGCGUAUGUGGCGCGGGCGCUGGAGAUGGACGAGACCAACGGGUUUAUGAAGGCGGUGGUCGACGCCGACACCAAGGAGAUCUUGGGGUUUGCAUGUUUGGGCGUCGAGGGCGGCGAGAUCAUGAGCGUCGUGCAGAUGGCCAUGAUCGGAGGCCUGACAUACGACGAGCUGGAGAACGCCAUCUUUGCGCAUCCAUGUCUGAGCGAGAGUCUGAACAACCUGUGGGGGUUCCUGCAGUAA